UCACCAUCCAUGAACACUCCCUCUCUUUCUCUCUCUACCCUCUCUCCCUCUACCCCCUUUGCAGAGAGGGUAACGGGCGAGGGGCAAUUUGGUCAAUAAGAAAAUGGGGAAGCUCCUCUGUGAUUCAUCCGCCACUAUUCAGAGCUCCUCAGCUCUCCAGCCAUGGCGAGACCCCCUUCUCGACCGCCCUUCACAAGAAGAAGAAGACCCACCUUCUUCUGGUUCAGAUUUCGAAACCCUAACUGGCUUAGAAGACGAACAAAAGAGGAGCUUGCAAAAGCUGUGCACAAAGGGUGUUCUUUGGAAGCACCCAACAAAUCAAUCGUCUUCGUUGUUCCUGCUCUUUCAUGGCGGUGAUGUUCAGGCCGACGGGAACUGCCUCUUCUCGGCUUCGAAAGCGGCAAUGGAAGUAAGGGUUGAGCCUAACGAGCUUAGAAAGAGAACAGUGGUUAGAUUUUUGCAGGAUUACGAGAGUGAGGGGUUACAUAGAGGAUUUAUUGAUGGGGCUAUAAGGAGUAUGUACUCCCCAGAUUUACAGGCCGGGUGGGGCGUUCACUUGGUUCAAGAGGUGAAGCUUUUGGCGAGGAAGGACCAGAGAGAGGGCCUCGAUGCAGCGAUCUCCGAGCUCGUAGCUCUUGGUUUGCAGAGAGAAACGGCUGCAGAGACCAUUUACAAGGAGAGAUGCAUAACCGUCGUUGAUGGCCCGAGUUGGGCCACAUAUAUGUCAGUGUCUGGUUCACCAGAUGAUGAACAUGAUAUUAUCACUUUACAAUACACAGAGGAGGGUUUACUUUAUGUGGAUGAGAAUAGAGAUGGUAGAUCUGCUGCCUUUGGCGAUGAUAUAGCGAUUGAGAGCCUAGCAACAGAGUUCAACAGAGAAAUAUAUGUGGUCCAGUCUCAUGGAUCAGAUGCAAUGAUUGAUGAUGAAAAUUGCAUAUUCUUUCUUCCUCAUCAUCCCCGGGGUCAAAUUUCUGAGCCCCCAUUCUUCCUUUUCAUGAAAGGCAGAGGUUGGUGUGGUGCUGGGGCCGAUCAUUAUGAGCCAUUGAUUGCUCAUUCUGCUCCUAUUCUUUCACAGGAGAAGGGAGCUUUUGUACUCUGAGGCUUUCAUUAUCUUUAUCCACUGUAUUGUAUUUUAGAGUUUCAAGGCUGCUUUGUGUUCCAGUGUCUUUUUUUUUCUCUUUUAUGCCAUGUAGUAUUAGGGUUCAAGGCAGGUUUUUGGCAGGUUUUGUACUCCGAGGCUUUUUUUUUCUUUUUAAUUCUUUUAACCAUUGUGUUGUUGUUUUAGGAUUUUGGAGGCUUUUGAGUUGAUUCUUUUUAAUCAAUGGGGCUUGCAUUGAGAACCCCAUGUUGUUUGUAACGAUGUUAUUUUUUGUAGUAGUAAUGAUAACAUUCAGAUCGAGUGUCAUCCAGCUCUGCAAUUUUUUGAAGGUAAGUUUAUCAAAACACACUUGAGGUAUCAGCUGUAUAACAUUUUACACAUUUUGAACUAUUCCAACGCAUGAUCACAUUUA